ACACGCGUUAACUUCUCGACUUGAAAAGAAACCAUGUUAGCUCCCAUAAAAAAUAUCUUAAAGAAUCACAGAAUCAUUUUGGCAAGCGGUUCGCCCCGCCGACAAGAACUGGUUCGCGGUCUGGGAUUCAACGCCGAACUUCUUCCCUCCACAUUUGAGGAAAAUCUGGAUCCGGAUGAUUUCCCCAGUCCUAAAGAGUUCGUUACAGCGACAGCAGGUGGGAAAGCUUUGGAAGUUUGGAAUCGUGUUAGAGAUACUAAGAAUGAAUUGGAGGCGAGCAAACCGACCAUUGUGAUAGCUGCGGACACAGUUGUGGUGCUGGACGGGAAGAUUUAUGGAAAGCCAGAACGGCCUGAUCGGGCUGUGGAAAUGUUAACAGAACUGUCUGGAAAUACGCACGAAGUUUAUACAGGAGUCGUUAUUAAACAUAGUGAAGGAGAAGUCCGAUUCUGUGAAACGACAAAAGUAUCUUUCGGAAAGCUGAGUUCGGAGCAAAUUAAAGCUUAUGUUGAUAGUGGGGAGCCAUUAGAUAAAGCUGGCGGAUAUGGCAUCCAGGGUGUUGGAGGUUCGAUGAUAGAGCGAAUUGAUGGUGAUUAUUUCACCGUUAUGGGACUACCAUUGUAUCGAUUAUGUGUAGAGUUGUGUAAUAUAUUCGAAAAACGAGGCUAAAAACUAA